AGUCCCCGAGGUUAGGGGAACGCGCGUGUCCUUGUGGUCACAGCCUUCCAGUUCCGUGUUUGUCCCACGUGGUUUCAAAGAGCAAGAAGCAGUAGCGGAGGGAAAGAGCUGGGGUGUGUGGUCUAGUGUGAAUACCCCACCCCAUCUUCCUGGACCUCCUCCGACCCGCCUCUCCAGGAUGCAGCCAGAGGUGGAGCCGCUCAGCUCCCCCAGCCUGAGCAUCCCCAGCUCGUACAGGGAGGCAGGAUCCAUCCUUCUGGAUCUGGAGACUACAGAGGAGUCCAUGGCUCGGAGCCUGGGCAGGCCUGUCAAAUCCUCAAAGCAGUACCUGCGCCAUGUCAUCUCAGAAUAUGAGGCACUUGAUCGGGAGCUCCCAUGUAUCCGGAAGUUUUCGGCACCACCCUCUGCCCAGCCUCUCUGCCUCUGCAUGGAGACUUCGGAGGACUUCACGCACCUGGAGGUGCUGGAGGCUCUGGAGGCCGAGCUGCCCGGGGCCAUGGAGAGUGGGCGCGUGAGCAGUAUCCGGUAUGAGAACAUGAAUGUCAUCUGCGGGACCGCGGGCCGCAGGGACAGGUGGCUCAUCACCGUCACAGACUUCCAGACGCGCUCGCGCCUGCUGCGCUCGGGACUCAGCCUCCGCGGAAUCGCGCACUCGCUGGUGCGCCACGACGAUCUGCUGCUGGGCGACUACCGCCUUCACCUGCGCCGAUCCCUGGUCCGACGGCGCAUGCUGGAGGCUCUGGGAGCCGAGCCGGUCGAGGAAGAUUGACGCGUGGCGGGGGCGGGUCCCAGCUGCGCCCCGCCCCCAGACUCGGCGAAUCCAAGGGGCGUGGCCUCCCUAGGAAGGAGGCGGGGCCGGCUCGAGGGGGUGGAUACUGUGAGUUUAAUUAUAAAGAAUGACCUGAUACAAAA